AUGUACCGAUUGACAAGCGUCCAAGCGGUAGACCGUAACGAAAGUGGAAAGAUUGCGCUAUUGCAUAUCUGGCGUGGUUGGCAAGGACUCGCAGUUCUCGCUCUCCAAUCCGUGUUCGCAGCUGGUCUACGGUUUGAUAAGGACAUGAUGGAAGUGACCUUUGCAAAGGUGAAGGAUGUAGCCCUUGAUCUCAAGUUUCUUGUUAGCCGUCAGCUGAUGCAUGACUUCUUCGCCAUCAGCUGGCGCAUGAAUCCUUCGGGAGUUGGCCAUAGUAGAGGAAAAGUGGCAAAGGACACGCUAAUUGCCAACGAAUUCGCGGUGCUAUUUAUAUCUCCUGACCUUGCACAGUUAAUGCUCUCCGGUCGGACCUUCUUUUUACACCAGGCCGCCUGCAUCAAUGUCGCCAACAAUCAUGAACAUACAACCAUGUCAUACGCAAGCUAUAUAUUACAUUUUUAG